GUCCAUUGUCUACGCUUAGAGGCGCUGUAAUCCCCGACGCUCUAUAAGUACUUCUCGUACCUCCCCACUAGUCCCCAGGUGUCGAUCCAUCUUCCAUCUCUCUCUUCGCUUUCCGGUACACGUUCAGCUCGCUAGAUUCUUGGUUAACCGACUCCAUCCACUUGCUACACGUUCGACGCCUGCAUAUCACUGUAUCCAACAUCCAUACGACCAUCGCACUGUUUCCUUAGAUCACUCAACGAGCAUCUCUGCAUCAUCUUUCAUCGCAGCCGGCUGCCUCCAACUUCAUCAGCAUCUCAUCUCGUCAACACAUUCGUCAUCUCGUAUCUCAUCAAUCACAAUGGCCCCUUACGUUUCCGCUGAGCCCAUCCAGACCAACGUCAACAAGGCCGUCGAGUUCCUCACUCAUCGCCUUCGCUAUCCCACACCUGUCCUUUCCACCCUCCGCGCCGCUCUAAUCGACAGCCUCAUUGCACACUACGCCCAGUCAUGGGAUCCCACCGAGCCACCCCGCGGAUCUGGCCGCCGUUGCCUCACUCUCAGUCCAGAGAGCCUCCCUCCCCGCCCAAUCUACACUGCCAUGAAAGCCGCCAACGUGCAGUGGUCCGAGUGGAUUGCCGCUCUCGGUGGAUUUGAGUUCGACCUCUGCGUCGACCCAGGGCACGUGUACCGUCGUCGGACUAUCUCUGGCUUUACCGAAGUUCGCGACAUUUGGUCUGAGGAGGCGGAGCAGAAGAUGAAAAUGGACGCUUUCCGUCGGAAUCAGAAGGAGGCGUCGGCCAAAACGCUGGCGCAGCAGGUGAUGCUGGCCGAUGAAGACUCUGAAGACGAAAUCUUCGUUAUGAUCGCUGACGAACUCCGCGAGCCGACAUGGAUGACUCCCAUUCACCCCACAUUCCCCAACACAUCAUACCUCACCGUUCCUACCACCGCCGCCACCAAGACCAGCUCGACGGUCUCGAACCACUCGCGGUCCAGCUCUCGCUCGUCCAACUCGAGCUCUGGCUUCUCGUUCUCAUCCGUCGACACGUCUGACACGUCCUCCGUGUCCUCUGGCACGACCGCCUCUUCCUCUUCGACUCAGACGUCGUCCAAGCUGUCCCGCAGGGAACGUGCCCGCCAAGCGCGCGUCUUCAUCGAUCAGAGCAAGACGGAGGUCACGAACUACGACGGUGGCAAGACGACCGUCCUCACCGGUGGCGUUAUGCUCGGCGGUCGUCCUCCCAAGCCCGCUGCUGCCCCUGCUCCCAUUCAGAGGACACGUCCUGCUAUGGGUCCCAGCUUCAACUGGCGCGCCACCCGCGUCUGAACGUUCCAUGUGUUCUUCUACACCAUUCGUAUUCACUUUCAUUUCUUCCCUGAACGACGUUUUUCACGAUUCAUCUUUUGCCCACAGUGCAGGACACUUUCGACGUACAUAUUACGAGCAUACUGACGACGUGCCUUCGAGUCAUUCAUCUUCAUCUUCUCACAAUGGUUACCCUAUUGCACUCUAAUACCCCUUUCUCUUUCCCUCGUCUCUCAUCCACUGUAGCCUUGGUCUUUCAUCUAGUCAACAAUUGUGUCCAUUAUCUCGCAGCGUCUCGAACCGUGUAGCAUUUAUCAACCUCAUACCCAUCUUCCCCACUCCGUCGAACCAGCAUCCAUUUAACGAGCUUCGUGUUAUCGUUCUAUAUCAUUAUUCCGUUUCGCGGCCUCUCGCUUCUAGCUUCCUAAGGACCGUCUAAUCUUCGCUUGCUUCUGCUUUGCUUCAUUGCUCUCUCAUGUGCAUAAUAGUCUCCUUCUAGUUUGUCGCUCUUCUUCGUCGGUGCACCGUUUGCAUGCAUACGCCACACUCCUUGGGCUCUGGUAUGUUUAUAUAUCUUUCUGGCUGAUACCAUACGUUACAUACCUACAUAGUACACAAUUGCUUUUUGUGUUACUUGGUGUUGUCUUGGUGUUAGCGUCGGUAUCCGGGCUUCAUUUGUAGUUUUGACCUGGUGUUCAAUUGAGGCGGGUUCU